AAAUCAAGGAACAAAAAAAGAAGAAGGGGAAAUUAAACAAGAAAUGGAACAUUACAUGCUUAUGAUCAACAAAUUCUUGGAAAAUCCUUUCCUUGUAUUUUUUUUACUAGUUUUAUCACUAAACUUUUCUUAUUUCUUUGUUCCAAAAUUUCCAAAAGGAAUUCCAAGAAUAAUUGCACUUGCACCAAUUUUUUACCUUUUGUAUUUUUUCCCUUGGUGCUUCUCAUUUGCAUUCCUUAGAGGCAUUUUGUCUCUCUUCUUAACAUGGACUACUUCUUUCAAACUCAUUCUCCUUUGUUUCAACAAAGGCCCUCUUUCACUUUGCAAAAAUCCUAUUGAUUUUAUACUCAUUUCCAUUUUCCCACUCAAAAUUUCCAUCGAAAAUUCACGUGUUAUUAGUAGUAGCACUAUAUUUAAAAGGUAUGAGGUGGAGGAAAUUUUUAAGCAGCCAUAUUUGGCUACAUCUUUUCAAGAUUUCUGGGGAAGGAGAUGGAAUCGAUACUCAUCGAAAAUGUUGAGGUUAACAAUAUAUAUUCCAACAAAUGAAGCACUGAAGAAUUUGAGUUUUUUGGGUAAAAAUACAUCAAAAAUAUUAGCAAUUGUUGCUACAUUUGUUGUCUCAGCUAUAAUGCAUGAGCUAAUGUUUUACUAUAUUACAUGUGGUUUAUGUUUAAAACCAACAUGUGAAGUGAUGUGGUUUUUUGUGUUGCAAGGAAUUUGCAUCUCUUGUGAAAAAGUUUUCCAUGCAAAGAAUUGGGUAAUUAUGGAUGUAAGAGUUUCAAUAUUAUUGAAACGUAUUUUUAUUGUUUUUUCAUUCUACUUUUUGUUAGUUUUACCAGUGGUGAGGGAAGGAAAAAAUACUUGUGAAAUCCAACAGUUGAGACUUGUACAACAGGCAUAGUGAGUGGUACGGUAUUGUUAGUGUUUGUCUAGCCUGCCUGACGUAGUGGACCGUGUUAGGGUUUGUUCUCAAUUUCUUCUACUUUAUUUGAAUUCUAUUGUAAUUGUGUUUUAGUUUGAAAAAAAUUUCUAGUAAA